AUGGUCAAUCCUAUAGGCGCCGCGCUCGGUCCGGUCGGUGGUCUUGCAGCAUGUGCUUGCUGCUUAAUCAUUGCUGCUAUCUGGGGUCUCUUUGCCACCACCAUUGCAUUGGCGGUUUAUACAAAACAAUGGCGAGAUGCCAUCAGAUCAGCAAAUAACUUGAGCGGUGCUGGAGAUCUACACAUGUUUUUCAGUCAUGCACUUCUUCUUGGUAUUCUGUGCGUAUAUGGUUAUCUCGGAGUUCGCCGAGCACUUCGCACGGCCAAUUAA